AAUGAAUGAGCGCUUAAUACGCAGAAAAUAGGACGACGCCGACAGCAAAUGAAAGUGCAAAAUGGAUAAUGCUAAAGAUAAAGAUAAAGCCAGAUACUCACGGGCGGAUCUGCUAUCCCUAAGAUACGAAGGAAGUUCCCGGCAACGUCCAAACUGUGCUAAUCAAGCGGAGCUGCAUACAUUAAAUUUCUGGAAAAUCAAUGGACUUCCAUCGAAUUUAAGCAACAACAGCAACAGUAAUAAUAAUAUCUACGGAAAUAAAUCUAGUUUGUCUCCUGACAGAGACAGGGACCGGGACAAUAGGGACAACUCAAAUCUAGCUGGUUCAAAUGGUUUACUUAGUUCGAGACGAGCUCUGAGAAACCGAGAAAGAGCUCACAAUUAUUAUCAACGCUUUAGUUCGAGCGAUCAAAUCGGUGGAGGAGGAGGAGACGACGGUCAGAUGGGAUUAACAUUAAUGGGGCCGGGGAAUAUGAGUAUAAAUAUGAAUACAUCAUCAUAUAAAUCGUCCAAUAUAGAUCAUCGGAGUAUUUCGUCAUCGCAUUUAAUGCCGGCAUUUGCAAAGCGACGUUUCGUAAUUGCAACUGGAGGAGGAAACGAAUCAAAUGAAUCACAAAUUGAUAAUAAUGAUAUAACAAAAUUAAAAGAUGGCAACACAACAACACAAGAUCUGAAAAAUCACUCUAGUAAUCUAUUGGGCUCUCCAGUACGAAAUCAUGGCAGCGAAUGGGAGCGUACUGAGAAGUCCUCAUACAACAACAGCGGUCAGGACAAUGAACAAUCGUUGGCAUUAUCAGCAUCACCUACAUUCCAAUCUGGACGUCAGUCAGGACAGUCAGUCAGUCAGGAGAGACGUAUUGGUAGUGGACGACUCUUGCCUCGAAAUGAUAAUUGGACAACAGACUCUUCCAAUGUAAUGAAUCUUGAUAAAGACAGACCACUAAAUGGUUGUAUUACUAACCAACAACAACAACAGCAGCAGCAACAACAACAGCAGCAACAUUCUCAACGACAGCGAACAUUUAGUGGAAAGCAUAGCGACAGAUCAAAUGAUCCAAAUCCCAAUCUGGAUCGUGAUCGACGUCUCAACGAACGAACGAGUCGAGAGCGAGAUCAACAUGAUCAGCAUAACAAAAAGAGUGUUCAUGGUGGAGGAGGUGGACGCCGAGCAUACAAUAAGGAUAAAUUCAAUUUUGGUGAUUCUUCGAUUCAUCAAAAUCGAGGCAAGCGUAACUUAUACCAAAUACAUGAUGCACACGAACCCGAAUGGUUCAGUGCUGGACCAACAUCCCAGCAUGAAACAAUCGAUUUGCAUGGCUUCGAUGAUCUGUCCGAUGAGGCUGACUCGCAAACAGCCUUAAAACCCAACGACAAUGUAGAUUCAAAGUCCAAGUCGAAGGAAAUCACAACUACUGCAUCAAGAAGCAGUAGUAUUGCCAGCUUAAAUCGAAUCAAUUCAAAUUCGAACUCGAAUUCGAAUAAUUACAAAAGGGAUUCUUCUGAUGAGACUACAGAGUCAUCAAGCAUUACAACUACAACGACAUCUGCUAAUAAACAACAACAAAAAAAUAGCGAUAAUAAUCAUAUUUCCAAAUCUGAACUUGAGUUCAAUUUUGACGCCUUUCUUAACAUGGACCCAAUGGAUCAUACACUUAUGGGCAGUGAUGUUGAGGUUCAAGGUGAAGUUGCUGGGAAAUCGAGAUUCAGCCGAUGGUUUGGACCCAAAGAGCCAGCAAAUAACAAUGAGAUAUUAUCAUUUGGAGACUCUUCGACUAUAGGAGAGUCUUCCCAGGGUAAACAUGGAAUGCCUAGUGUAAAGGACUUAGAAGCACAAAUGACAAAAGUGGAUUUACGUCCUGAAUAUACAAUGGCAAACAUACUUCAGCCGAUUCAGAAUCAGAUUCAGAGAGAUGCUGAGCAGGCUGAGAAACCUGUUACCCGAGAUCGAGAUACUGAAGCUUUUAAGAGACUAUUGCAACAACUUGGCUCCCAGAAUCAGAAUCAGAAUCAUAAUAAUGCUCACGCAGCCAAUGAGUCGCCAUAUCUGACGAAUGUUUCAGCGGUACACAGUGGACCUGUUCCUAAUGCUCCUUAUCCUCAUGAUUAUCGUUUACAACAACAACAACAGCACAUGGCUCGAGCUGGAAUCCAACAGGAUUCGCAAGUGAAAAAGGAUGAUUUACAAUCAUAUCAACAACAACAACAGCGUGCUGUCAAAAAUGACUCAAUGCCAUAUAAUAGGCAUAAUGAAGCGUUUCUUCACAAUCAGUUGCAUCCCGCACUCAUACCGAGUCUUCAUGAUCCGAAUGUAUCUGGACCUGGACCUGCACCUUUAUCCUUGCAGCAGCAACAAUCGCAGAAACGAAUAGAGGUUCAACACUUGUUUCAAAGUGUUGUCCGAGGAGACGUUUCUUUUGAAUUUUUAGAAAAAGAAUUGAAUAAUCCGAGCACAUCAGCUCAAUCUAGGGAGAUAAUUGCAACAGUUCUAUAUGAAUGUUCCCAUUCUGGACGAAAUGCGAAUGUACAACAACAACAGCAACAACAAAAACAAUUAGCCUAUCCAAAUGAUUUAAAUCAUCCGCAUGCUGUAAAACAUUAUCCGUUUAACAAAAAUAUUGGCUCCAAUGUAUCUGAAGAUUUGUUCCCAAAUGUUGCUAACCAACAUCAGAAUCUAAGGCACAGUAAUUCACCAACACCGUUGGCGUUUACUCCCACAUCAGUGUUAAGAAAAAUGACGGCUGAUAAAGAAACAACUUUUUUGCACAACAAUCAGCAGCAACAACCACAACAGCAACCACAACAACAGCAACAACAAUAUAACCAACAGCAACAAUAUCAUGCAAAACUAUCAAAUGUACACAAUAUGAUGAAUGAUUCAUCGGUAAUAUCUGCAGGCAUUAAUUUGCAACCCAGAAUGAUUUUGGGUGGCAACUAUGCAAUGCAGAAUCAAUUAAGUGUGAACAGUCCACAAAUUUCACCAAAAUUGUUACCACAUUUACCACAGUCACGAGGUGGUCAACAGAUCAAAUGGCCAACUGGAAACAUGCCGACUUCGCAUGGAGCAAAGUCCUUUGGACGUCCAAUUCUGAAAGGCACUCUUAACUCUGGUUUGCAACAACAACAACAACAACAAAUCAACCCACUGACAAUGUCAAAUAACGACUUGCAGCAAAUACAUCAACAAAGACUUAAGAGCCAACUGCAACCUACUGAAGCAUUGAAUAGCGAAACCAAUAUUCUUCUUCAGAAUGUUGCAUAUAACGAGGGGAUAUCUCAAAUGCAACAUCAUCAUUAUUUGCAACAACAACAGCCGAGACACCGUUUGAUUCAUGGCGAACUACACCGUCAAACUAACAUGCCGAUUAAUUCAACUACAGGUGGCCCCGAAGGCAGCGAGUCGGCUGGUUUAAUCAAAACCAUUAACAAUCGACUCAGUCCGUCGAUGAACUACCAUAGAGAUAGAGAUGAUCGCUUAUCGCCUACAACAAACCAAUUGUCGCAAUGGUUUUCCCCAGAAUUGCUUGCCAGAGCAUCUGCUGGUAAAUUGCCUCUCUUAAAUGUGAACCAAGCGCUUAGCCUGGAAGAAUUUGAGCGAAAUAUUCAACAUUCCUCAGCCACAGUGCUCAAUUGAAUUGAAAUGAACACUCUACGAAUGAGUCUGAUCCAGAGUCCAGCUUCAAAUGCAAAUGCAAAUUAAUUAAAUGAAUUAGAUGAAAUGAAUGGUUGAAUGAUUCAAACAGAAGUAUUCCUGUAAUUUCUUUGUUUUCAACGAAUUAAGUUCAGUUCAUUUGUGCAUUAGUUGCAACAAAUCAAUUUCACAGUUAUCGCAAAUAUUUGCAUAUUUCUGUACACUCUGAUAGUUU